AGUGUCCAUACGAACAAUUUUUAAUUCAAAGACAGUUGAAGAACUUGCGUUAUCUGCUAAACUUUUUUUGCUAAAAAUAUAUACUUUACAACUUAAAUAUGCCACGAAGAAGUUCUGCCAGAGGACCUUCCAGAACGUUCAGCUCCGCUCCAGCUCGUCCUACAGCUGUUGCUCCAGCUCCCCCAGCAGCUCCUGCUCCUGUCGGUGUAGCAGCUCAGCCGAAACAACCCGGUCUUUUAGCCCAAGCGGCAUCUACAGCCGGUGGAGUUGCAGUUGGAUCAGUCGUUGGCCAUACUAUCAACAGAGCCAUGUUUGGAGGCGGUGAUGGACAACAGACUGUUGAAGCUGCACCCCCAGUUCAACAACAGCAACAGCUUCAAGCGAACAAUGGACCUUGUGGCCACGAACUUAGUCAAUUCUUGCAAUGUGCCCAGAAUCAAAGCGAUAUUAGUUUGUGCUACGGUUUUAAUGAAGCAUUAAAGCAGUGCAAGCUCAACAAUGGCUUACAAAUAUAA